AUGCCCAUUAUUCAGUUCCGUGAGGCGGACAUAUCUCUGUAUCAGGACCUCUCCGAUUUUACCCUUGAUACCAGAAGAGCUUUGUGCACCAUCAUGAGUGCAUUCCGAGAGAAAAGAAUCCCAUAUCGCUGGGGAUUCCACUUUAGCCUGCAGACCAAACAAGGAAGCAACUGGGUGUCUGUCUGCUGGCCAGAAGAUAUCCUGAGUUUCCUGAGAGAACUACACCUCCCACUCACCAGAAUCAGGAAUUGUAUUCUGGAGGAUGCCAUCAUGGCGAGGAGGGACCCCCUCACACUCAUACACCCGUACGGACGGCGCCCCACCCAGAAAGAACGGGGAGGCCCAAAUAGCCCGGAAGAAUAG